AUGGAUCCACAAUGGUAUUAUGAGCAACGAUACCACCGCGAAGUGAGCCCAACGGCGGCCGGUGCUUCGGAUCGACAAAGCAACAAAAAGAAGUCGAAAUCGGUGAAGACUCCCGAUCAAGGGAAAAACCAGAAAUCAACAAAAAGCAGCGGCAAGGAACCCGAGAAGAAAUCGUCAAAGAGGCUAAUACGUGCCGCGCAAAGCAGCCGCGAACCGCUGGAGAGAAGCAGUCGAGAGUCGGAAGAUGCAAAAACAGAGAAGAUAGCGCCCGACAAUGCGCCGUCGACGACGCAUACAACUGGGGAAGCCGGGCUGAAGCUGGCAGCAGCUAUAUAUUUUCUGCAAUGGCAGCAAACCGCUCUCCAAGCUUACACUCGCUCGAUCAACGAUCUCUACGUGAAACCGCUCAUUGAACAUGUUACUGGAAACAAGCUGAAAUCCGUUUUCAUUGUUUAUACUUUCACUUUAAAUGGAACACUUGACUUCUCGGGAAAAGAACGUGAAGAAUUGAAAGCCGGGCCGCAAGAAGAGGAGCUUACCGAGCAUCAACGGUUGAAAUUGCGACUACAAGAAGCAACGAAUCGCAACUGGGACGACGAUGGUCUUCAUUCAAAUGCCGGUGAGCAGAAAGCGACCCUGGUCGAGAUGGCAGUGUUAUAUCGAAUGAGGACGCUUGUUCAGAUGUGCGGCUCCUUGCUCGAAAUUGAGGCAAAGUUAAACAAGUGGUUGAUGAAAAAUAUUCAGAGUUUGGUCGCCCAUUCUGCCUCAUUGAACUUGUUGCCUUAUGCGAGCUACGCUUUCGAGGCUACCUCGACUCUCAGCGAGGUCUUUCAACUCUCAAUUGUGGAUCGGGACAAGUGCAAGCCUGAAUUUGCGCACUUUUUGAGAAAAACGGAAAAAGUGGACGAUUACCCGAGCAAUCAACAGAUUAAAAUUGACAAGGAGAAUGUGCGCGGCUACAUUCGAAAAGUGGAAGCACAGUGCAAUUGCUUUAGAGCUUGCGUCUAUGUGAUCGGUUCUUGUUUUGUGGCGACGAUCCACUCGUUGCUUCGAGUGAUUCCUCCGGAGAGAAUCGACAUUCGACCGAGAGAGGUUGAGGAUGUGUUGAAUCGUUUACCUUCUCCAUUUCGUGAUCCACCAGCGUUGCGUCUUUCCGCCUACUCGGCUGAUCUGCUUUACGAUGCACCACCAUCUAUCUGGCAGUACCCGCAACUACCACAAGGAAAACCGAUGAAUCCUGAUCACCGUGCUGAUUGGGAUGCGUAUUCGGAAGCAUCGGUCAAUGAAGAGGACGAGGAUUUGGAAAGGAAUGUGGAACCAAAAGUUCUGGAAUCGCCUCGAUCAACGAAGAAAGAGGAGAAAUCACAUCGGAAAGAGACUGUCGUACGUGAAGUGGAUGAGAGUGCCAAGCAGAAGCACACGCAAACCGACAGAAAUAAACCGAAAAAGGGAAAACCU